AUGUUUACUUUACGAGUAAUUCACUCUCAAACUUUUCUGGCCAUCGUCAUUGGAAAUGCGUUUCUUAUCCCUUGCGGUGAUGGUUGCGUACCGACUACAGCACCGGAGGUGCCUUGUGUGCGUUGCGAAUUUCUGGACAAUACUAAUCAACUAUUCAUCAACUUUGUCAUUAGUAAUCCUACCACUGGAACUAUUCCCGGAGGUGAAUGUAAUUUUGUGUACACCUUAACUUGCAACUGUCCAGUGACAACUUGCACAGCAACUUUCUUUCCAACAAUUGUUGCUGGUGGUGCUGGUAAAACAGUAGCCAUGCGGAACAACCAGCUGACUGGAUAUUGCGCUCCGAGUGGCAACGGAUUGGAAUUAACUGUAAUUGGAGCUGAUGGAACAGUUCAUGGAGGUUUUCAGUCAGGUAGUUGCAAUGCUCAGCCGUAA